GCAGCAGACCUUGAAUAUUCUGCCUGCGAUAGCGCGCUCCGUCCAGUGGCCACGUAGAUCGAGCUUGCCUUCACUUGUGCAACAUGCAAGGCAUCUGCCUUUUGCUUUUCCAUCGAGAAGAGGAAACCUUGAGAUCAGAUACAGAAACAUGCAACCGCAGCCCGGCUAGCUCAGUCGGUAGAGCAUGAGACUCUUAAUCUCAGGGUCGUGGGUUCGAGCCCCACGUUGGGCGUGUCAGCUGCUUCUCUCGUUGGAGCUCUUCUUUGCAGCCCUGGGUUCCAGAUCGUGGGAACUUCAGAAAAAUCCUGACCAAGGCGUCUUUGCGUUUCUGUUGCAAAAGAGGUUUCCCAUGCUCUCCUGUGUACACGGUUGUGUCUCCACUCUUCGCGUUAUCCUUUUCGCCCGCUGACAAGAGCCCUCUGAUGUGUCUCCCACCAUCCCACCUCACGCUGUUGUCCGUCUCUGUGGCGCUACUUGGAUCAGGAUCGUCGGUCUCUAAGGCUCUGUUCUCGUCCAAUCGCUGAUCUCGCUGUCCAUUGUGAGAAUGGACGAGAGCCAAUCACGUCGCUCGCUGUCCAUUGUGAGAAUGGACGAGAGCCAAUCGCAUCGCUCGCUCUCCAUUGUGAGAGAGCCAAUUGCAAGCCACUCACCGCCGCUUAUAUUCGUUAUAGGGAUAUCGACACUUUACUCUCGGGAAAUUAUCUGUGAAGUUAUAACUGAUCAAAAGGAGCACAAAGCCAAAGAGCCACAAGGCUAUGGGAGAUGGCGAGUGGAUGGCCAGGUUGAGGGCUUUUGCCAGCUCUGGAGUUUGGCCAUCUGGAGGAGGAAAUCGACCUUCCCCAAGACAGCGGAAGUGGUAUGACCUCUACCAGAAGGUAAAGCAAAGUUACCUGUAUUUCAGUAUUUAUUAUGUUGUAUGCAGGUCACCUGAAAAUGAUGCAGAAAACAUCAGUAAUGAUUCUUAUAUUUCAGAUUGAGAAUGCCCCAUGCAGGCCCAUGGACAGACCACCCUCUUUGGAGGGUCCAUGACCUGCAAGUGUGGUUUCCACACCACUAAGCAGCCUGCCACUGCCGCUUCAUCUCCUGCCGCACCUCCAGAGUCUAAGGCUUCAGACACAGCAACCGGCACAGUUGCCCCACAGUCUGAAGCUUCAGACACGGCCCCUGCCCCACAGACCUUCCUGAGGCCCCCUCCAAGUUUGUCAAUGUUCACUAAGUCACGGUUUGGUGGGUCCCAUUCGGCUUUAAUAAAGCCAAAUUUAGUGGAUCGAAGGAGCCCCAGCCCCUCUCCUCCACCCUCUUCAAGGACCCCUAGUCCUUCUCCUCCCAGCCCCUCUCCUCCAUCCUCUGUGAGGACCGCCACCCCUUCUCCAUCCACUAUGAGGACCCCGAGCCCAUUCUCUGUUAAGGCCCCCAGUCCUGCUCCACCCUCUGUGAGGGCCCCCAGUCCUGCUCCACCCUCUGUGAGGACCUCCAGUCCUGCUUCACCCUCUGUGAGGACCCCUCAUCCUUCUCCACCCUCUGCGAGGACCCCCAGUCCUGCUCCACCCUCUGAGGAGCCUGGAGGAGUCCAGCCAGCCCCUGCUGGGGCCCCAGCUUCAUUCUGGUUGCCAGGUGAAAUGAGCAAGACCAUCCCUGUGCAGGACCAGCGGUGGAUUGCAAACACCUUAUUUCACUCUGGCAAGCUGCGGCCAGAUUUGAAGCUGUGGUAUGAGCCCCCUGUCCCAGCCCUUAUUUACCACCAGACACCAACUCCUGACAGGUUCUUUACUCAUCGGUUGAUGGUGUGGAUGCCCUACCACCUGUGGAAGGUGCGGGUGUCCUGCCCAGCUUGUGGCAAGAACCUGACAGGUUAUGGUGUCCACAAGAGGGCUCGGAAGGUCCUGGACAUUGAUAGAUAUUACCUGAUGGUAACAGAGACACUCAGGUGCACUGUGUGUUCUCUCAACUAUCUGUCAACAAGUCAGACUGUCCGGGACCAGCUUGACCUGCCUCACCAGAAAAUGUUCCGGCUGAUCCUGACCCGAAAGUAUGCCUGUGACAUCUGUGUCAUUAGGCUGCUUCGGGACCGGACGCUGGGCAAUAGUCCAGCUCGAUUGGUGAGGCAGUUAAAGGAGAACCAUGGGGAGGAAUGGCUGAAUCGGUUGGCACACUAUGUUGGGGAGUGUGCUUACUUUGUGGAUCGACCCAGCCUCUUUCCAGUGGUCUGCCAGGAGCCUCCAGAGCCCAUCGACAUCCCCACCAGUCGUUGGCUGCUGUCCGUAUACGGCAGGGACAUCCUCUGCCGUUUAGACCAUAUAAAGGCCAGCAUCACAUCGACUUUUGGCACCAUCUUAAAGAUGGAUUCCACCAAAAAGAUCACAAAGAAGCUGGCUGGCCAUGGACGGGGGACAGCACUCUGGGUCUCCUCAAUAGGGAACGAGUUUGGCCAGAUAGUGACCAGUGUCCUGUCAGUGCAGGAGGGGCCAGGACUGGACAGGAUGGUGGCUGGUGUCAUCGAGAGGUAUCGCCAGGCAGCAGUUCCACCCCCGGUUCUGCUGUAUGUGGAUUGUGGCUGUUGUGUCAUGAGCGAGGGUGCAACCAGCAAGCUGCAGACCAGGUUUGGGCAAUGGCCAGACCUCCACAUACGGCUGGAUAUCUGGCACUUUAUGAGAAGGCUGGCCGUGGGCUGCACCACCGAUGCCCAUCCCCUCUACCCCACCUUCAUGGGAUGCCUGUCUGCCUGCAUCUUUGAGUGGGAUGCUGGGGACCUCAGCCUGUUGCGGCAGGCAAAAAGACUGCAGCUGAUGCAGGAGGGUGUGCCAGGUUUUUACUGAUGUCCUGGUGGACAGGAGCAUCAGUAAAAAGGACCUCAGCCUUUACUGCCGCAGGAGGACGCGCGGUGAAGAGGCCACCAUACGCCUCAUUGAGAGGUUGCUGCAGGAGCUGGGAGGGACCUUAUGGGUGUGCCACUCCUGGAUGAGGUGCGCAUGGAGCACAUCUGGCGUGUGCAGAAACGCCAUGUCAAGUGCAUCCAGGACUUGCCAGGAGUGGCACUUUACACAGAGAUGGGCACCACAAAAAAAUCAGGGGUCAUCCUGACCAGGUAUCGGUGUGCCAGAGGGUCCACAUCCCUGGAGUCUUUUCAUUGCCACCUGAACAGGUUCAUUCCAGGAACCAGUGCUAAUGCGCUGAAUUUCCAGCUCUACCUCCUGGAAGGCCUGAACAGGUGGAAUCAGGAUCGAGGGACUGCAGCAGUGACCAGCAAGCCAGCCUCUCUUCUCACCUACUCCGGGGAUAUGGCCCACUGCGUCCACACCAACAGCCUGAAGGUGUUUGGUCGGCCAUUUGUGCCAACUUUCAGGCCCCCUGCCAAAUA